AUGGAUGGUGUAGAAGUACUAAUUGUAAUUGGUGUAAUAUAUGGGUUAUUAUUAUUUUUUGAUAAUUUCUUCAAGACUUGCGCCCAUUAUCCUUAUAUUAAAUUUCUGGAAGGAACUGGAUUACAAGUGAAUUUUUUGGGUUUGAAGUGGAAAACUAAAGCUUUCAACCGUGCCAUUAUAAGAUUGGGUAAUACAAGACCCCGUUUUUGGAAUACCUGGUUCACCUUAGGUAUAUAUACAAGUUUGAUAUUGUUGCCAAUAUCAAUAAUUCUAUUCUUAUACUCUGUUCUUCAAAACCUGAUGAGUAAAGAUCAAAAUGAGAAUAAUCCUGUAUUAGUGCCUAUUAUACCAGGAAUAAAUGUACCUACAUCAGAACUUGGAUAUUAUAGUCUGUCACUGAUAGUAUGUAGUAUUGUUCAUGAGUUGGGCCAUGCUAUUGCUGCAGUGCUUGAAGAUGUUAAUUUGGUAGAUGUGGGUGCUAAUAUAUUUUUUAUACUACCUAUUGCCUAUGUAAAUAUAUCAACAGAGAAGUUAGUGUCUCUAGAGAAUAAAAAAACUCUAAAGAUACUUUGUGCUGGCAUUUGGCACAAUUUAAUUUUAGCUGCUGCAGCUUUCUUUGUAUAUUGUUCAUUGCCAUUCUUAUUGAGUAUGUUUUUCUACACAAACAAUGGUAUCAUGAUAAGUGAUAUUACUAAAAAUUCACCACUGCUAGGCAGUAAAGGCUUGAAUAUAGGUGAUGUAAUUACAAAUGUGAAUGAUUGUGAGGUUGUUGAUGAAUAUAGUUGGCAGAGCUGUUUGUCACAGAUUCAUAAACAAAAACUUGCAAUAUGUAUUGAUGAAAAUUCUAUUCAUAGUUUAGAUGAAAGCAUUCCACUGAAAUACCUAGAAAAUAACCUCUUAGAAUGUUGUGAUGAUAGCAAAUCUGAAAAUAUUUGCUUUGAAUACAUGGAUGAAGCUAAUGGUGUGUUAGAGAUUCCAGGUCAUGCUUGUCUUCCUGGUAGGAAAGUUGUAGAACAAUCAAAGGUAUCUUGUACCUUAUCACCUAAUAGUUGUCCUAUCAACCAGUUCUGUUUCAGACCAGUACUAGGAAAUGCUACUCACUUACACAAAAUCAAUUGUGAAAAUAGAAAAGUUAUUUAUCUUGGCCUCCCUCAGGAUAUUUAUUCAACUGUGAAGGUAUCAUCAUAUAUUCCUAAAUACUUUUUUAGUACACCUGCAUUUGCAGAUGUGCUAACAAAAUUCACUAAAUAUGUCAUAAUCUUUUCAUUGGGGCUGAGUAUUUUGAAUGUAAUUCCUAUCCUCUAUAUGGAUGGACAAUACAUUGCAGAGGUCUUAGGAAUGAUAUUACUCAAAGAAAGGUUUGGAAAAAGCAUGUCAAAAGCUAUUAUUACAAUUAUUAUUUAUUUUUUCACAAUGCUCUUACUGUAUCAAUGUUGUUAUACGAUUUUCAAUGUAAUUUUUUAAUGAAUAAAUAAUGAUUUUAUAUAAAUCAAUUCAUAAAAUUUCAUCACUCAACCAACAGGAAUUCUUUGGAAGCAAAGAAUGGGCAAAGCUAAAUCUCUAAAACCAGAAGAAAAAAGUGGAAUUUCAUCUUAGAAAUUACUUAGCAAGAUUCAAACUAGUCUCUAAUUCUCUCAAGCACCUUUCCCCAUAUUGAAUACACAUUUUGAUGGUAACUUCAUCUUGAUGAUGAGC